AUGUCUCACUCCCAACUGCAUCCUCUACAGGUGAACCCUGCCACGGGCGAACCAUAUCUACGCCUGGGCAGCCCUCUCGAGAACAUCAUACUUACACCGCACCGGCCGGGUGAUGCUGCAUUCACCGUGCCUAUUCUGAACGACCCCGGCGUUGUCAGAUGGCUGGGAGGCCCGCCGUACCCGUACACCCCAUCGCAUGCCGAAAGCUGGGUGUCCAGCGUCAUAGAGGAGUCGGACGCGAUCCUGCGUGAGCUCCGUGAGGCGAGCGCGAAGGAUCCGGAGGCGCCUCUCAAGGUUGUUGGAGACUGUCCGGUGCGGAUUUUGAGAGAGAUCAAGGAGGAUGGCAGUGAAGUCUAUCUCGGCGACAUCGCGUUCCGCAGGUGCACAUACCCGCACGAGGCUCCCGAGGAGCGACUACGACUCUCAGAGGAGAACGCGCGGAGACCAGUAGGCGAUCCUGCGCUGGUCUGGUGCGUAGCGUAUUACCUUGCGAGUUCGCAUCACGGCAGGGGCAUCAUGACGAUGGCUCUACGCACGCUGCUGUCUGCCUGGGCGAUCCCGAGGAUGGGGGUUCGACGAAUCCGUACAGAAGUGCGCAUAGGCAACAUCGGGAGUGUACGCGUAUUCGAGAAGAAUGGGUUCGUACUGGAUAGGACUGUGGAGAAGGAAUAUCCGAACUGCUUGGGGGAGACGAUGCAUGGGUCUUGCAUUCUCUGGUGGGAGCAUCCGUAGAGUCUAGAAUUGGGAUUUCUUCGCCGAUUUGGGAACGUGGACUAUGACUGUAUGUGCUGUAAGUACCGGACUUGCAGAUGCUCUGCGAUGCGAUCGGCCAGAAGGAACCGAUGGGCCCUUACAAA